AUGAGUGGAAUCUAUUCCACUAUAGUUAAUUUUACAGUAUAUGAUUUUUUACGACGUGCCCAAAGACUUUCAUUAUUGAAUGAUAUUAAAUGUAAGCAAUCGAAUGAUGAAUCAGUUAAUAAUUUGGCCUUUCCAGUUCAUCACAAACAUCAAAAUGAUCGACAAUCAUCAUGUACAGAAAGUCAAAAUGAGAUUGAUCAAAUAGAUAUUGAACAAAUUAUUACCAAGGCGUACCAUGAAGCUAUUGAUAUGCUCGAUGGCUUAGAAAUAUUGAAUGUGCUGAAAAACAAACGUGUUCUCGAUUUAAAAUUAUUAAGUGAAUAUGUAUUUAAACAAUUAAAUUCUAAUUCAAAGAUGUAUGACUAUUCAUCUCAACGAAGUAAUAUGGAUGAUGGUGAAUUUGAAAUAGAUGAUGAUGAUGAUGAUAAUGAAACAACAGAUGAUCUUAACAUGGAUGAUGAUAAUAAUGAUAGUUUUUCCUCGAAUGCUGAUUACACUGAUGAAGACGAACAAGAAGAUACUGAUAAUUCAAUAAAUACCACAAAAAAUGAGUUUGCUGGAAUAAAGAUCUGCAGUAAGGUUGAAUCUGACACAGAACAUUGUUAUUUUAAAGUUACAAUCAAUGAUGAUACAAAAUAUUUACAUAAACAAACUGCUUGUUGGUUAUUAACUGAAGAAAAAAGACGUCAAUUACGAUCAAAUUCAUGCUGUAUUUAUUUAUUAUCAUCAUUAAUAAGCGCAUUAAUAUUCCUUUCAAUAGGCAUUGUACCACAAAUCUAUACUGUUUAUAAUUUUGAAAAUCUAUUUACUACAAUAUCAAGUUUUUGUAGGGCACGAGCUUAUUUAAAUCAAACAAGUGCUAUGUCAUGUCGUUGGCUAUUAGUAAUGGCUUACAUAGAACGUUGUUUUUCAUGUUCAACUGGUGCUCGUAUUCGAAAAUUAUCUUCUGUAAAUAUAGCUCAAAAAAUGACUAUUAUUAUAACUGAACGUUUUUCUACUUAA